GGACGAGGGAGGGUUAGAGCGCGAAGGCGGUCCUCUGGAGGGGGCGGGCCCAGGGGGCGGGUCCUGUGCGGGGUGUGGCGCUGGGCCGAGUGGGCUGCGGCGAUGCGGGGCACGAGCUGCGUGGGUGGCGGCGGCGAGAGCCCGGGUGGCGCGGGGCUGAGCGAAGGCCCGCGGGGCCGCUGGCUGCGCCUGGCUCCUGUUUGCGCCUACUUUCUCUGCGUCUCGUUGGCUGCCGUGCUGCUCGCUGUCUAUUACGGUCUCAUCUGGGUUCCCACGCGGCCCCCUGCGGCCCCAGCCGGCCCGCCGCCCAGCGCGCAGUCCUCUCCCUGCGGCGCCCGCGCGGGUGCUCUGCCUGCCUCGGUGCCCGACGCUGCCUCGGUCUCUUGUCUCCUGGGAGCCCCUGGUGGGCCGCGACCCCACCUCGAGCUGCCGCACAGCCGCCGCCGCCGCCGCCGCCGCCACAGCGACCCCAGCCGCCUCCCGAACCUCCAGACGCCGGGGGAGACGCCGGAGGCCGCGGAGGGCGAGGACCCGGGUAACCCUCCUUUUCACCCAAGAUGGACCGCCGGCCCUCGAGAGCCCGGCGCCCCCGCCGCGGAUGUGCCGUUCCCGGAUUGGGGUCUGGCUCCCUCUUCAUGACAUCGUCUGGUGUCUCCGGAGCCGUCAUCCUGAAGAGUGGGGGGCGAAGAGGGGCUGGCUCUGGGCCUCGCCCCUCGCAGCUUCUCCGCCGUCAGGCUGGUCCUCCACCAUCUGGCCGACCGCAUACUGAUCUUUGCCUCCUGACCCUCCCUCUUUAGGAUUCUGAGUACAGAGUCUUCAGCCCGCCCCCCUUCUCCCUGAAUCUCCGUAUCCAUCUUCCAGCUGCAAUAAACUCAGCCCCAGCUGC